UGCUGUCCGUUAAGUGCUGGCGAAAAUAGUUGCGAUGGACUCAGAGGCUCUCAGCAUCUGGACCAAACCAUGAAGGCUUUGCUUAAUUCAGCGGUUUUUUAUUGAAAAAUAAAGAGGAGGAAAAGCAGCGCCCACCAUGUACGGGUUUGUGAAUCACGCCCUGGAGCUUCUGGUUUUACGGAAUUACGGCCCCGAAGUAUGGGAAGACAUCAAGAGGGAAGCUCAGCUUGACAUUGAGGGUCAGUUUCUUGUUCGAAUCAUAUACGAGGAUGCUAAAACGUACGAUCUUGUUGCAGCUGCAAGUAAAGUUCUGAAGGUCGAUGCAGGAGAAAUUUUGCAGAUGUUUGGAAAGAUGUUUUUUGAAUUUUGCCAGGAGUCAGGCUAUGACACCAUAUUGCGUGUGCUGGGCUCGAAUGUUCGAGAGUUCCUGCAGAACCUGGAUGCCCUACACGACCACCUGGGCACCAUUUACCCCGGAAUGAGGGCUCCGUCGUUUCGCUGCACCGACGCAGAGAAGGGAAACAACCUGAUCCUUCACUACUACUCAGAGAGAGAAGGAUUGCAGGAUAUUGUGAUUGGCAUCAUUAAAACAGUCGCUCAACAAAUCCAUGGCACAGAGAUAGAGAUGAAGGUGAUCCAACCAAAGAGUGAGGAGUGUGACCACAUCAAGUUUCUGAUUGAGGAGAAGGACUCUGAGGAGGAGGCGUUCUAUGAAGAUCUCGACGGUUUUGAGGAGAACGGCACACAGGAGACUCGGAUCAGCCCGUACACGUUCUGCAAGGCCUUUCCAUUUCACCUCAUGUUUGAUAAAGACCUGAUGCUCACACAGUGUGGGAAUGCCAUAUACAGGGUCCUGCCGCAGCUCCAGCCUGGUGCCUGCAUCCUGCCUUCUGUUUUUUCUUUGGUUCGUCCGCACAUUGACUUCAGCUUUCAUGGCAUCCUUUCCCACAUCAACACCGUGUUUGUUCUGCGAAGCAAGGAGGGCCUGCUUAAUGUGGAGACUGUGGAGAAUGAGGAUGAGCUGACAGGGGUGGAGAUCAGCUGUCUGAGACUGAAAGGGCAGAUGAUUUAUUUGCCAGAGGCAGAGAACAUCCUUUUCCUUUGCUCGCCCAGUGUUAUGAACCUGGACGAUCUGACGAGGAGGGGGCUCUACCUGAGUGACAUCCCACUACAUGAUGCCACGCGUGACCUGGUGCUGCUGGGGGAACAGUUUCGUGAGGAGUACAAGCUAACACAGGAGCUGGAAAUUUUGACGGAUCGCCUCCAGCACACACUGCGGGCCCUGGAGGAUGAAAAGAAGAAGACGGACAGACUGCUCUAUUCUGUUCUGCCACCAUCUGUUGCCAACGAGCUGCGCCACAAGCGCCCCGUCCCGGCGAAGCGUUACGACAACGUCACCAUCCUGUUCAGUGGCAUCGUGGGAUUCAACGCUUUCUGCAGCAAGCACGCCUCAGCUGAGGGAGCCAUCAAGAUAGUUAACCUGCUCAAUGAUGUUUACACGCGCUUCGACAUCUUGACAGACUCUCGGAAGAACCCUUAUGUAUACAAGGUGGAAACAGUUGGUGAUAAGUACAUGACAGUGAGUGGUUUGCCAGAGCCUUGCACGCACCAUGCCAAGUCCAUCUGCCACCUUGCCCUUGAUAUGAUGGAGAUAGCAGGACAAGUCAAAGUGGAUGAUGAGCCAGUACAGAUCACAAUUGGGAUCCACACUGGGGAGGUGGUGACAGGUGUGAUUGGCCAGAGGAUGCCCAGAUAUUGCCUUUUUGGAAAUACAGUCAACCUUACAAGUCGAACUGAGACGACAGGAGACAAAGGAAAAAUUAAUGUCUCAGAAUACACUUACAGGUGCUUGCAGUCUGCGGAGAACGCAGAUCCCCAGUUUCAUCUGGAGUACCGCGGCCCCAUCACCAUGAAAGGAAAGAAGGAGCCGAUGAGGGUGUGGUUUCUUUCUAGGAAGACCAACGACACAGAGCCUCCGGCAGUUAAGCCGUAAACAUAAAAACACCGAGUGUUGUUCAGAGAGGACUACAGCUCUGUAAAGUGUGGUGUUAUUAUAAACUUCAGAUGAAAAUGAGUGAGGGGAACAUUAAAAUUAGUAUAGGUAUAGAAAUAUGGAUAUUUUUAGUACAUAAAAAAAGUGUUUCAAAGUGUAUUUGAACUUGUAUUCUCACCCUUCCAUUUUCUCCACACACCUGAUUCAUUACAACCUCACUGUAGGUUCUAGAGUUGCGCAGUAUUAAUAAGUCAUAUAGCUUGGUACAUUCAAGUUUUCUUUAAUUUUUUUAUGAUAAAGUGUUAUACACUAAUAGGUAAAUGAUAAGCUAAACAUUUAAAAUUAGCCAGACAAUAUUAGUGUGCCAAAUGUUGGUGGUAUUCUCAUGUGACUUGUGAUUGCCAAAAAAUGUGCAGUUUACAUUCAGAACAGCUUGUUUGCCUCAUAACGAUAGAUCAUGUUUUACAUUUAGCAACGACAAUGAUGAUGAAAAUAAAUCUAGAUGUGGAAGGUUCUGUGUUUUUGUUUUCAUCUGCGGUUUAGCAAGAAAACUGUAAGAAGACGAUACAAGAUAAAAGGUUAUUUUUAAGUCACAAAUAAAAAGUGUUGUAUUAUUAUGUAUUUCACAUAAAUAUUUAGGUAGCAUCAUCAAUAAACAUUAAUACUAGUUUUAUA